GGUAGAUUUGUGACAAUUUACAUAAUAUACACACAGCAAAUCUUUCUUCCGGUACAUAAAGUUGCCACACUAAGCCGUAUGGAUGCUGACCCACGUCACCUGCUACUCAAAGCAGCAAGGGCCUUGCUUCCAGAUGCCGAAGCAGAUUACCUAAAUGACUCUUCCAGCUCACCAGACGCUUUAAAAUACCCCUUGGACAUAGGCGUGAACCCUGCUGCUGCCGCAGGGCCUUCCUGGCCUCUACGACAGCCCUCCCAGCCGUCCUCAUCCCGAGUUCCAUCUCACCCAUCCCAGUGUCAGCAACCGGCAGGAGCAGCUCCACCUACUGCAUCCCGGCCGCCCAGAUCUACCGCAGCCUAUCCUUUGGAGCCCCCAAAUGGCUCAGAUGAGGGGCCGUCUCAAGGUGGAAGGACCACGGCAGCAGAGGCUACCGGCACCAGCCUGGCGGCUCCCUGGCCUGCUGCUGCGGGGCCCGCGGUGCUGUCGGCGGUGGGUCGUGUGGCGGCAUCCGCAUGGACCUGGCUCAAGCUGUGCCACCACUACGUGCUGGUGCCGGCGGCCUCCUGGGCGCUCAGGAGCCUGAAGGAGUACAUCGACGAGCACCUAGCCAUGCAGAAGGCCCUGGCGAGGCCCUGUCCCGUACCAAAGUACGGCGAGGCAGAAGUACGGCAGGCCACCGACCAGCUGAGCUUCACCUGCCGUACACUGGGCGGUCCGUACGGCAUGGUGGUGUACGACGCCCAGCUGCGAGGGGCUGCCGUGGUGGUACGGCAGCAGCAUCUGGGCUGCCUGGCAGACGUGGAGCUCUUCUGGGCCGAAGCAGCUGCGGGUCGGGCACUGCAGUCCGCCGUACGCCACGACAGCAUCGUGCCGUACCUGGGUUGCUGCCCCGGCCUGGCGUGCCACGUGUACGAGCAAGUGCCGUACAGCUGCACCCUCCGGGAGGCCCUCUUCAGCUCCUCCUUCCUACCUGAUGGCCUCGAAACCACCGAGCUUGCUGAGCAGGAGCAGGAGCAGCAGGCUGGAUCCAGAUGCAGAUCCAGAUCGGAAUCUGGGUCGAGGAGUACGGGCGGUCCGGGGAAUUACUGCCGUACAUUGGACCGCUGGGAGGCCCGGGUGGGGAUAGCUCAGCAGCUGGUGUCAGCUGUCGUACAUUUGGUACGGAACGAUGUGGCUGUCAGGGAGCUCUCCGCGUCGCACAUCCUGCUGCUGCUCGACCCGCCCCACCCGGGAGCGCAGGCAGCAACACAAGCAGCCACAGGCGCGGCAGCGGCAGCGGCAGUGGACACAGCAGCGGCAUGCGGCAGCAGCUGCUGCAGCGGAGGAGAUGCUGGGGGUGCCACCGCGGCGGAGGAGGACGCGGGGCCGCGCUGCCUGAUUGCCCCCGGGUGCGGCUUCCAUGUGCCGCUGCGGCUGCCGGCCCCACCACAGCAGCAGCAGGAACAGCAGCCCUCCGCCGCAUCCCCCGCCGGCCCCGCCGCUCAGCCCGACCAGGCAGCCAGCGGUGGCGGCGGGGAGGCAGGCUGUGGGCGGGUCACAGCGAUGGCUCGGGGCCUGGGCCAGGUUCUGCUGCAGCUCCUCACCUGCGGCAGCCCAGCCGCCUCCUCCGCCCCCAGCACCUCCACCUCCUCCUCCUUCACCCCCGCCCCCGCCCCCCGGGAGGUGCUGCUGGCGCUCUCCGACGCCGCCCCCGCCCGCCUGCUUGCCCCGGGGGUGCGACCCGCCCUCACCCACCAGCAGGCCUGGCCGCUGCUGGCCGCCCUCUACCCGCUGCUCACAUGGGGGGAGGACGCGGCAGCAGCGGGAACAGGUGCGGCUGCGGCAGGUGCUGCUGAGGGCGCCGGCAUGCGCGCCGGCGGCAGCAGCAGCAGCACAGCUGGGAGCAGCAGAGGCGGAGGCGCGCUGGGCAGCUGGCAUCACCCGCCGCCUCCUGCCCCCGCUGCUACCAGUAGUGCUACCAGUGGAGGUACUUCCGGCGGGGCGGGUGCAGCAGCAGCAGCAGCGGAGGCGGCAGCACCACCAGCAGCAGCAGCGGAGGGUGCAGCGGCCCGACUGGUGUCGCAGCUGAUGUCCGAGGUGGAGCCGGCGCUGCGGGAGCUGAGGCGGCAGCUGAGGCAGCAGGAGCAGGAGGAGGCUGAGGCUGAGGCUGAGGCUGAGGCUGAGGCUGAAGCGCGCAGGAGGGGGGGGAGGCGUGGGAGGGAGCAGCAGCAGCAGCAGGCGGCCGUGGAGGAGGAUCCCUUUGCCGGCGCCAGCGCACCACCCCUGCCUCCACCGUCGCUUCACGCAGCCAGCAGCAGCAGUGCUCCCUUCCUGCCGCCGCCGCCGCCGCCUCCUUCGCCGCCGCCGCCUCCUGCGGCCCUCGCUCCCCCGCUGCAUCCGCCUCCCGAGUUCGUGUGCCCCAUCACGCAGGAGGUGAUGCAGGAGCCGGUGGUGGCGGCGGACGGGCACUCCUACGAGCGGGCAGCCAUCGCGCAGUGGCUGACAACCAGCAGCGGCAGCAG